AUGGGUGAUCGUUCAGCCCCUGACCCUUCAACAAGCGCAAGCUCCUCAUCCUCGUCAACAAUAACAGAACCGCAUCUCCUGUUCCUAGCACUAGCCGAUUCGUAUCUCAACACCGCGCAUAGCACCGGUAUUAAGGAGUCCUUUGAUCCUGAACUCUACCAGACCCUCGUAGCAGCAGCUCUACGGUGUUUCGAAGCCGCCCUAUCCGAGUUCAAGCUACAACCAAAGUUCGAGGCGGCAUUACGACUAAGAUAUGCCAGUGUACUGGAGGAAGAGACGGAAAAUGUGACAGAUGCGGAGGAGAUCCUGCAUAAAGGCGUGCGUAAACACCCUUCCAUCGACACGUUCCAUUUCGAGUCAUCUCCGGGUUCCGACAGACUGAGGCUGACAUGUUUAUUUUUGGGAACACAGAUUCUUAUUGCCGGAAAGAACAAUUUCCAAGACCUCAAAUUUGCUAUGCAGCACCUGCUCGUCAGGAUUAUGUUUCGAAUGAAACCGAAAGCAGCGUUCAUCCUUCUAAGCCAGCAAAUAAAGGAAACCGAAGUCCUGUCUAUAGCGUACUGGACAUACUCUUUCCGAUUUUUACUUUCGUCACUACGAACACUCCGGACGGACGAGCAGGAUGACAAUGCGGCCGUAUCGUCACUCAGGUCGGCAGCCGAACUGGCAAAACGGCGGGAAGACCAUCAUGUAUAUGCCCUAGCAAACCUAAUGGAAGCAUCGAUACUGCUAGGACAGGGAAUUUCGGGUGUGGACGGCGCAAAGAAAGCAUUGUCUAAGUCACAGAGCGUUAUAUUGCAAGAUGCACCACAGCUUGCUUUCCUUUUCCAAAUGCUAGAUAUUGUGUCGGCAACAAUACAGGGGUCCAUGGCAGAAACCGAUACCAAGAUGAAAGUACUGCAGGAGAACUUGGAUGGGAAUGUCCCUUGGAAGCAGUGGCCUGCGGACGGCACCUUCGUAGUCCCAGUCAAGCCAGUGUACGAUAGAGGCCGAGUGGAAGAGCUGAGGUUUAAAUGGCUCCCGAAAGCCGACCUUUGGUCGCUAGUUUGGUUUCUUAGCGGGUCUAUCAGGGCCCACUCUAAUGGCUUCGAUAAGAAAGCCGAAGCGUGCUUAGUCCGCGGUCAAGAGAUGAUAGAUGGGCUGUUAUCUGGGAAUGCUGACCCUGGUCUUUAUUCGGUGGAAACGGCUGCCGCUAGGGUAACUUGGAGGAGGCUCUUGAAGUUAUCGACGACGCUGCAGCUGAUAUACUGUUAUGCUGGCCGAAGUGCCUGGGAAGAAGCUAUAACUGCUUUACGGCAAGCAGAAACGCAAUUUGCAAACAUUGCUGAUGAAUCCGAGCAACGGUUUAUCAAACCCUGGUUGACGUAUACUACGGCCAUUGUUCGGCAGGGUACCGGUAACCUUUCCCGGGCAUUGGCUACAUACCAAGGCCUCCUUGUUGACCGAACAUCGGAACUGGGAAUUCUCGCUGCGCUAAACUCGGCAUUGAUUCUGUCUGGGCCUCGAACAAGGAAUUUUAGACAAGCACAGAACAUGCUAGCAGGUGUCGCCGACUUCGCAUCGACUCAUCGGAACCCACUAAUACAAGGCGCAUACAAUGUUGUAACAGUCUCUCUCGAAAACAAAGGCGAGAAUCUCAAUGUUGUACGGAGUCUACUCAGCACGUCGAACCGAAUUUUCAGGCAAUCAGGGGUUCACCAUAUGUUGACAAUCACAUUGGCUUUGGUCUGUGCCAAGGUCUUCAAUCCAGACCCGGUUCAUCACGCAAAUAUGUCCAGGGCCACAUUAGACUGUGCUGUAAAAUCGGGUGACCGACUUUGGCAGGCAACAACUAGGAGUAUGCUUGCUGACGCCCUUGUCAGAGCCAACCGAGAAUCUGAAGCUAAGAACUUUCGGACAGCCAGUGAACAAGACAGAAGUGCCGUCGAACAAUACCUCAACUUGGGAUCCAAUGUAUAA